AUGUCUUGGAGUGAUCUCUUCUACCCUGGAAUUCCCGAAAGAAGGGAAAGACUUAUCCGCAAAAGCCAAGAGCUUCGAGAACUGAUGAAAAACAACUUCCGAGCCACCAACCAACUCAUUGAGGCUCUUAAGGAACACUUAGGCUUGUCCUUCAGGCCAGUCGCCUUGAAUGAGAAAGCUACUGUGAAGGAGAACUGUGAUGUAAUCAUUGAACGCAUACAUGAGAUCCAGGCAGAAGUAGAGAAGAUUGACCAGAAGAUGAAGGCGAAGCUGGAACCGACACUGUAUGAGAAACUGAAGAAAAUGUCUCUGUCUGUUCCUGACUAUCAACUAUUAUCAGGAAGUGUUGGUGCAGUUUGUGGUGUUGCAGGCUCUGCUGCCGUUAUUGCCGUUGGUUGGCUAAUUACAAAUGGAUACAUUCUGACAAACAUUACACUGACCUUCGGUAUAAUUGCAACAGGGAUUAUGGCUACUGUUGUAGUUGGGGUGUUAUUCAUGGGGAUCGAUAUGAUUAUUAGCGCCAUUCUAGGAGGUAUUGAACGUGAUCAACUGGAGAGGGCCCUGGAAGAGUAUGACAGGGCUUUGGAAGAAUUCAGGCCAGCGUCUGAAAAAUAUCAGGAUAGUAUAACCUAUGUCAGGAUGAGACUUGAGAUGGGUCAAUAA